AAGACGAAAAAUGGCGACAACAUGUAAGCAUCAACUAAGUGUUCGCACAACGUGAUUACUUUUGAAGUUUUGUAGAAUUUAAGAAAAAUAUCUUAUAUUUGUCAUUUCUACGUUUUUGAUUAGAGUUAGAUGACAGAAAGUAGACAGACAUUGAAAAAAAAUGAGUAAAUCACUGAAAAUUAGUAAAACCAAAGCGGUAGGAAUGUCUCCGACUGUGGAACAAAUAAAUGCAGAUGUGGUAACACAACUAGCAAAUCAGUACUGGGCUCCGCACAGCACAGAUCCUUGGCUAGAAUUUGAUUCAAAGGUAAUUGAAAAAAUAUACGUUAACGAAAUUUUAGGUUCGGGAUUCGCCAUACGCCGAAUAAUGCUACUGGAGUUUAGCCAAUAUCUUGAGAAUUAUUUAUGGCCUAACUAUCACCCAAAAAAAGCAUCUCAUGCCCACAUCAUGUCGAUUGUAAUUAUGGUGAAUGAAAAAUUUAGAGAAAGAGUGCCAGCAUGGUUGACAUUCAAGAAGCAGCCUGUACAUUUUCCAGCAUUUUUUUGUCAAGUUAUGGAAAAAAUAUUAGAUGAAGAUGACAAAGUACUUCUAAAAGAACAGACUGCAUUACUAGUAUUUUUUAUUCAUUGUUUUAACAGUGUUGAAGUUGAUUUGAUUCGAGAACAAAUACAAAGACUUGUUUCGCUACCUAUUUGGAUCAAUCUUCUUCCAGAAAGAAGAGAGCAUGAAUUCAAAGCUCUACCUAAGUUAAAAAAGUUUUGGAAUAUAUAAAGAAAAAUGAGUAAACUUGAUGAAAAGUCUUAUCAAAAAGUUAAUUAUGAAAGAUCAUUUUUGGCAAAGCUUAUCAAUAAAUAUUUUGACUAUCUUGAUUCAAUCCCAACAAAAGAAAAAAAUCCAAAACUAGACAAAGCCACCCUAGUGAAAGUUCACUUCUGUGAAAGGUUUUUAGAACUCAUGGUAGACUUGGAAGCUUUAAUGCCAACACGACGGUUUUUUAAUACAGUGAUGGAUGACUGCCAUCUAGUUGUCAAAUCUAAACUCUCCAAUCUUGUUCAGAGAGAGGAAGGAAGAUUGUUUAGCCAGCUUUUAGAAAUGCUGAAGUUUUACUCUAGAUUUGAAAUCAAUGAUCAAACUGGUGAAGCUCUUACAGAUCAUGACAUGAUGCAAAGUCACUAUGAUCUAAUUACUGCUUUGCAAAAAGCAGCAUUUAAAAACUUUCCAGAAUUACUGCGAUUUUCAUUAUCUACUGUUGCAAGUGUAGAUACAAGAAAUUCAUUGAAAAAGCAUUUUGAACCGUUAGAAAGUGAGAAGCUUCAUGAGAUUGCAGCUUUUCUUAAAUUGUUACCACUGCUAACUUCUGAAAAACAAAACAAAGCUGAUAAAGACUUCCUUUUGGAGUUAUUAAUUUCACGGCAUGAAAGACGAUCUUCUCAACUGGAAGCAUUAAAUGAAAUGCCUUUAUAUCCUACAGAAUCUAUUAUUUGGGAUGAAAAUAUUGUGCCAUCAGAAUACUUCUCUGGUGAAGGAUGUUUAGCAUUGCCGAAACUUAAUCUGCAGUUUCUGACACUUCAUGACUACUUGUUGCGAAAUUUUCAUCUUUUUAGGCUUGAGUCAACGUAUGAAAUUCGUCAAGAUAUUGAAGAUAGCAUCAGUAGAUUAAAUCCUUGGAAAUCAGAAGAUGGAAGUUCCAUAUUUGGAGGUUGGGCAAGAAUGGCUCAACCAAUUGUAAACUUUGCUGUUGUAGAGGUUGGGAAACCUAACAUUGGAGAAAAACAACCUUCCCGUGUAAGAGCAGAUGUAACUGUAAAUCUUAACUUAAGAAAAGAAAUCAAAGCAGAAUGGGAAGCCCUUCGAAAGCAUGAUGUAUGUUUUCUAGUAACUGUCAAGCCAAAUUGUCUUCCUGGUACUCAUUAUAAUUAUAGAGAGCCAUUUAUACCUCAAGUUGGACUUACGCAUGUUAGAGGCUGUGAAAUAGAAGGUAUGCUAGAUCAGAGUGGUCGUGUAAUAGAGGAAGGACCAGAACCGAAGCCUGAUCUUCCUGGUGAUACUCGUACUUUUCGCGUGUGGUUGGACUGUAAUCAGUAUAGACUAGAUAUGGACCAAAGUGGUCAAAACAGUGAAGAUAUUUAUGAAAAUUUUAACAUAAUCAUGAGAAGAAAACCUAAAGAGAAUAAUUUCAAAGCCGUCCUGGAAACUAUUAGAGACUUAAUGAACACAGAGUGUGUUGUUCCGGAUUGGCUUCAUGAUAUUAUACUAGGAUACGGUGAUCCAGGAGCAGCUCACUAUUCCAAAAUGAAAAAUGAACUCUCGAUUUUAGAUUUCAAUGAUACUUUUCUGGAUAUGGAUCAUCUUCGGGAGAGCUUUCCUCAAAAUAACAUUCAAGUGGAUUGUGAUGAUCCCAGAAAGCUUGUUCCUCCAUUCAAAAUCAGGUUUUCUGAAGUUGAGAAAAACAAUAAACGAGAACAUGAAAGUGAUAAUGUAAAGACUGACAUGAUGACUAUAACAGUAAUUCCUUAUGUUCUUCCAAGUCGUGGUCCUUACCCAUUUGAACAACCUAAAAAAAAUCUUGUAAGGUUUACCCCAACUCAAGUUGAGGCAAUAAGGUCUGGAAUGCAGCCUGGGUUAACCAUGGUUGUUGGUCCUCCAGGUACAGGUAAAACUGAUGUUGCUGUUCAGAUAAUUUCUAACUUGUAUCACAAUUUCCCAGAACAAAGAACCUUGAUUGUCACUCAUUCUAACCAAGCUUUGAAUCAGCUUUUUGAAAAGAUUAUAGCUCUUGACAUUGAUGAAAGACACCUUCUUCGCUUGGGUCACGGAGAAGAAGCAUUGGAAACUGAGAAGGAUUUUAGUAGGUAUGGAAGAGUUAACUUUGUUCUGGCAAAACGAUUAGACCUUCUUAAGGAUGUCAGUCGAUUACAAGACAGUCUUGGUGUCACCGGGGACGUCUCAUAUACCUGUGAAACGGCAGGCCAUUUUUAUCUUUAUCAAGUUUUAGCACGUUGGGAAGAAUUCCUAAGUAAGGUGAAACCAGGAAAAGGUGUAAAGGCACCAAAAGAAGAAAUUCCAACACUCUUUCCUUUCACAAAGUUUUUUGAUGACGCUCCACAGCCAUUAUUUCAUGGAAAGUCUUUUGAAGAAGACAUGGAAGUAGCAGAGGGUUGUUUUCGUUACAUUAGGAAGAUUUUCACACAACUGGAAGAGUUUAGAGCAUUUGAAUUGUUAAGAAGUGGCCUUGAUCGAUCUCGCUACCUCCUUGUAAAGGAAGCAAAAAUUAUUGCCAUGACUUGCACACAUGCAGCUCUUAAGAGAAGGGAGCUUGUUGAAUUAGGUUUUAAGUACGAUAACAUUCUGAUGGAAGAAUCUGCACAGAUAUUAGAAAUUGAAACUUUUAUUCCACUCUUACUUCAAAACCCAGAGGAUGGGUUUAGUCGACUGAAACGCUGGAUCAUGAUUGGAGAUCAUCAUCAGUUACCACCAGUUAUAAAAAAUAUGGCUUUUCAGAAGUACAGCAACAUGGAACAGUCCUUGUUCACAAGGUUUGUGCGUCUUGGAGUGCCUACAGUUGAUUUGGAUGCCCAAGGACGAUCUAGGCCAAGCAUAUGUGAACUUUAUAACUGGCGUUACAAAAACCUUGGCAAUUUACCUCAUGUCACCAAUUGGCCAGAGUAUAGAACUGCAAAUCCAGGAUUCUUUUUUGAUUAUCAGCUAGUUAAUGUAGGAGAUUUUAAUGGCAUAGGAGAGUCGGAGCCAAAUCCAUACUUUUAUCAGGUAGGUUAAGUAUAGAAUUCUUAUUGUUUAUUGUCUUUCCAUCUAAUACAAGCAUGGAUUUAUCCUUCAGAAAAAAUUUCAAUUCUUACAACAUACAAUGGCCAAAAACACCUGAUACGUGAUGUUGUUAACCAACGGUGUGCUAACAACCCUCUGAUUGGAAGGCCAUCCAAAAUAACCACAGUGGACAAGUACCAGGGUCAGCAGAACGAUUACAUUCUUCUCUCUUUAGUUCGCACGAAAGCUGUGGGCCACCUUCGUGAUGUCAGACGUCUCGUUGUUGCAAUGUCUCGUGCGAGACUAGGACUAUAUAUUUUUGCCCGUGUUUCUCUCUUUCAGAAUUGUUUUGAACUCACUCCAACCCUGAACCUUCUUAUGCAGAGACCUUUGCAGUUACAUCUCUCUCAAGAUGAACACUACCCCUCAACAAGACAGGCUGGAAGUUAUCCAGUCAGAGACCCUCUUAUUGUUCAGAGUAUGCCUCAUAUGGCAUCAUUUGUUUAUGACUUUUACCAGCACAAAGUAAACAUUAUGAGAGAACGGGUAGCCAUCAGCUCUUGGGAAAUUUCAUCUCCCGGAACAAACCUUCGAGAUCCACCAGAGAAACCAGUACCGCAGCAUCCUGGAGCUGAAACAGACAGUGAAAAUGAAGAAGAAGGAGGAGAAAGUGAAAAAUAGUUGACAUUAAUUGCUGUGUUUUCAUCUACCAUUUUAUUAUUAAACACAAUUAAGCUGAAUUUUAAUUAAGAAAAACACUUGUCAUUGAUUUUUGUAUUGGUAUUUGGUCGUUAAAUUAAAAGGAUAGAGAUGCAUGUUUUAGUUAACUUUCCCAACUUGUAUCAAAACUAAAAUUUUGAUGAAACUUUUUUUCUCAUUUUUACAAAGGGUAAAAAUGGCUUUUCUAAAGAUUCACUUAUAUUGUUACGCAUCCUUAAGUUUCAGAUCAAUGAUGUUAGCAUAAAAGCUAAUUUAUGAAGCUCAAAAAAUCUGUCUAUUAAUGCAUUCUUAAAGCAUAAUAAUGAGACAGCAUUUGGCAAGGUACUGAUACUUUGUACAUCAAAGUUUGAAACUCUGAAUUACUGAGGAAUAAUUAUGUUUGUAUAAACCACUGUACUUCAAGUUUGGUGUAUUUACUAAAUAUUACGCAUUAUUUAUAGUAUUCAUGCAUUCCUGAGGUUCACAUGUUGUUAAUAGCACUGUUUACGAUAGUAUAGCAAAGCCAAAUAGUGAUGCAGUGAUUCAUGACUUGUUCAUACGAAUUUAGAUUUCAAUAGUUUUAGCAUUUUCAUUUAAAUUUUUUGAAAUACUUUUCAAUAUAUGUUCAUCAUUUUUAGACAGCUUUAUGCUCUAAUUUUUGAAAACUGGUGUAAAAUUUCUUAUGUUUAGGUUACACAAAAUAGCAUUUACAUGAGAUGUAAUUUGUGUUUCACCUUAUUUUCACAACACUUUCAUUUUGUUCAAUGCAUUUCAAAGUUUUAAUUGUGACAACUCGUGGCAUCUUUCUCCAUGGACCAGUGUUAAAGUUAGAUGUUUCAUACAAUACUGUAUGAUUAAUUUGUUUUGUUUGUAAAUAUAUAUGCUAGGUUUUAAUUUGUGUGGCCCUUCUCAUCUUUACUACAGAUCUCUUAUGAGAAGAAUAAAUAUGUUGUCUUUUUUAAAAUUAAAAAAAAA